CAUUUAUAUCAUGGGAUUGGUGCUGGAAUGGAUCAAGAAUAAUGGUGGAGCUGCAGCUAUGGAUAAACUUAGUUUAAUCAAAUCACAAAUGAUUUAUGAUAUUAUAGACAGAUCUAAUGGAUUCUAUGUAUGUCCAGUGGAGAAAAAGAACCGAAGCAGAAUGAAUGUCCCUUUCCGUAUUGGCAGUGUUAAGGGUGAUGAUGCACUGGAAAAGAAAUUUCUUGAGAAAGCUGUGGAACUUAACAUGAUAUCUCUGAAAGGGCAUCGAUCUGUGGGAGGAAUCCGUGCCUCUUUGUAUAAUGCAGUGACUGUAGAAGAUGUUCAGAAGCUUGCAGCGUUCAUGAGAAGCUUCAUGCAGAUGCAUCAGUCAUAAAAUCUCAUCAGUUAGAGCCAUGCUGCACAUCUAUGACAUAAAAGCUAAAGGGUUUGAAAGUUAUUGUAUGGCACAGCUGUAGCGCACAAGUUAUUUUUUCUUUUAUUUCCUGUAGCUAUUUUACUCAACUGUAUGGGAUUGAGGCCCAAUCUUGCAAUGACUUGGCAGCCUUGCCUUCAUUGAAGGUGAGGAUCCCCAUACUGAUCAAGAUUGGUUCCAAGUAUUCCAAAAUAGUAUUGUUAAUGUGUAGUUAAAACAUGAGUAGCAUUAAGAUGUUAUGGAUCUGAGUCUGUUUAUUACUUCUAGUCACAAGUGGCUUCUUCAGCAAUGCCCUGUUUUCAGUAAAAUUCAGGAGGCAAAAUUUGCCGUAAGCUUUCUGUAAUGCUUUACAAAUAAUCUGUGGCU